AUGGCCGACUCUGUAGCCUACGACAAGUACAUGAAGGACACCUUUGACGAAGGUGCCAUCGACGUCGACGAUCUGGAUGUCGCCAGUUACAAUAACACUUACAAUGCUAGCAAAGGGGUUGAUUAUGACGACGAUGACAAUUUCUCAGAAGAGAUCACACAAGAGGAUUGCUGGGAUGUCAUCCGUGCCUUCUUCGAGGAAAAGGGUCUCGUUCGCCACCAGCUCGACAGUUUCAACGAGUUCAUGUCCAACACUAUUCAGGAACUCGUAGAAGAGGUGCGCAGCCUCACUCUCGAGCAGAGCGACCAGCAUUCCGGUCACGCAGAGGACAAGACUCGUCGAUACGAAAUCGAGUUUGGACAGAUCUAUCUCAACAAGCCUACGAUGACCGAGUCGGACGGCAGCUCUGCUCAGCUCUUCCCGCAAGAGGCGCGUUUCCGUAACCUCACCUACUCGGCUUCGCUCUUUGUCGAUGUGACGCAAAAGGUACUUGUGCAGAGCGAAGAUGAGGUCGAUCUGAACGGCGACCCGGCAUGGGUGCCCGAGUAUGGCAAGACCGACGUCGAAGAACAGCAGAUCUUUAUCGGCAAGGUGCCCAUCAUGCUCAAGUCGGACUUCUGUUGGCUCAAGGGUCUCGACGACGAAAUGUCGUACUCACUCAACGAAUGUCCGUACGAUGCAGGAGGAUACUUUGUCAUCAAUGGAUCUGAAAAGGUGCUCAUCGCUCAGGAGCGUAUGGCUGCCAACCACGUCUACGUCUUCUCCAAAGCACCGCCCGCCCCCGUCACCUUCCUCGCCGAGAUCCGCAGUGCUGUCGAAAAGGGUGGCAAGACCAUCUCGACGAUGCAGGUCAAGCUGUUUUCGCGCAACAAGGAAAAGACGGCCAACAACACCAUCCGCGCCACGCUUCCCUACAUCCGCAACGACAUUCCCAUAGUCAUCGUAUUCCGUGCGCUCGGCAUCGUGCCCGAUCGUGAGGUGCUACAGCACAUCUGCUACGACUUUAAUGACACACCCAUGCUCGAGAUGCUCAAACCAUGCAUCGAAGAGGCGUUCGUCAUUCAGGACCGUGACGUCGCGCUCGACUUUAUCGGACGCCGUGGUACCACCACGGGACUUUCGCGUGCCAAGCGUACCGUCUACGCGCAAGAGAUCCUACAAAAGGAGAUGCUUCCGCACAUCUCGACCUCGGAAGGCUCCAACACGAAAAAGGCCUACUUCUUUGGCUACAUGAUCCAUCGUCUGCUGCUGGCUGCGCUCGACCGUCGCGAGAUUGAUGACCGUGACCACUUUGGUAAGAAGCGUAUCGAUCUCGGUGGCCCCCUUAUGGCGAAUCUGUUCCGUAUGCUGUUCCGCAAAGUCACGCGAGAUGUGUACCGCCACUUGCAAAAGUGUGUCGAGGAGCACCGCGAGUUUCACAUCCAGGCUGCCGUCAAGUCAAGCACGAUUACCAACGGUCUUCGAUAUUCGCUUGCUACCGGUAAUUGGGGUGACCAAAAGAAGGCGAUGCAAGCCAAGGCGGGUGUAUCGCAGGUGCUCAACCGUUUCGCUUUCGCCUCGACCCUCUCGCAUCUUCGCCGUACCAACACGCCAAUUGGCCGUGACGGCAAGAUUGCCAAGCCUCGUCAACUGCACAACACGCAUUGGGGUAUGGUGUGCCCUGCCGAGACGCCCGAAGGACAGGCGUGUGGACUGGUCAAGAACCUCAGUCUGAUGGCUACUGUCACGGUUGGCACACCGUCGGCGCCCAUUGUCGAGUUUUUGGAAGAGUUUGGUCUCGACAGUCUGGUGGAUAUGCAGCUGGCGCAUGCCAAGGCCACCAAGAUCUUUGUAAAUGGUGUUUGGAUGGGCACUCACGACGACCCUGGUCAGUUGGUGGACACGCUGCGCGAUCUACGUCGAAAGGACGAUAUCUCGCACGAGGUGUCAGUGGUUCGAGACAUUCGAGAGCGAGAGCUUCGCAUUUACACGGAUGCCUCUCGUGUGUUGCGCCCCGUGUUCAUCGUCAAUCCGCACGACAUGAGCCUGCUGAUCAAGAAGCGACACGUCGAGAUGAUUGGUCAGCCGAUUCCGGAAACGGGCGAAGAAUUCCGAUGGACGCAUCUGGUACAGGAAGGUGUGAUUGAGUACCUCGAUGCCGAAGAAGAGGAGUCGGUUCUCAUCUGCAUGUCGACCACUGAUUUGGAACAGUCGCGCGAGUACAAGGCUCGCAACGGACAGAUCAAUCUCAACUCGGCUGAUCCGUCGGCUCGGCUCAAGUCGGUACACACGAUUGCACCCGAUACGUGGACGCAUUGCGAGAUCCAUCCGGCGAUGGUGCUGGGAAUCUGUGCCAGCAUUGUUCCUUUCCCAGAUCACAACCAGUCUCCACGAAACGUCUAUCAGAGUGCGAUGGGCAAACAAGCUAUCGGGAUCCCCAUCUCGAACAUUCAAUCUCGUGCAGAUUCGAUGGCUCACGUGUUGCUGUAUCCGCAAAAGCCACUGGGUACCACACGAUCGAUGGAGCACCUGCGCUUCCGAGAGCUUCCGGCGGGGCAGAACGCGAUUGUGGCGAUCAUGUGUUACUCGGGCUACAAUCAGGAAGACUCGGUGAUCAUGAACCAGUCGUCGAUCGACCGAGGACUAUUCCGAUCCAUGUACUACCGUGGAUACAUGGCGGAGGAGAAGAAGGUGGGCGUUAUGCAGCUGGAAGAGUUUGAAAAGCCGCAUCGCGAUACAACGAUCCGCAUGAAGCACGGCACGUACGACAAGAUUGACGCCGACGGUCUGUGUGCACCGGGCACGCGUGUGUCGGGCGACGAUGUGAUCAUCGGAAAGACGGCGCCGCUGCCACCGGAUUCGGAGGAGCUGGGCAUGCGUUCUAAGUUGCACACCAAGAAGGACGCCAGCGUUUCACUCAAGUCGACCGAGAACGGCAUCAUCGAUCAGGUGCUGGUGACGACCAACUCGCACGGCAACAAGUUUGUCAAGGUGCGCGUACGCAGCACACGUGUGCCGCAGACAGGUGACAAGUUUGCCUCUCGUCACGGACAGAAGGGUACGAUUGGCAUCACGUACAGACAGGAGGAUAUGCCGUUCUCGGCGGAAGGAGUGACGCCAGAUAUCAUUAUCAAUCCACACGCGAUUCCAUCGCGAAUGACGAUCGGACACUUGGUCGAGUGCCUGUUGUCCAAGGUGGCCGCGUUGUCGGGUCAGGAGGGAGAUGCUACGCCGUUCACCGAGUUGACGGUGGAGGCGGUAUCAUCGAUCCUGCGUGGCUUGGGGUAUCAAUCGCGUGGCCUGGAAGUCAUGUACCAUGGCCAUACGGGACGCAAGCUGCAAGCGCAGGUGUACUUGGGACCUACGUACUACCAGCGACUGAAGCACAUGGUGGAUGACAAGAUUCACUCGCGAGCGCGAGGACCGGUGCAGAUUCUGACGCGACAGCCCGUGGAGGGUCGAUCGCGCGGAGGCGGACUGCGAUUCGGAGAGAUGGAACGUGAUUGCAUGAUUGCGCAUGGGAUCGCAGGAUUCCUCAAGGAGCGCAUGUUUGACGUGUCUGAUCCUUACCGCAUCCAUGUGUGCGAUCUUUGUGGGCUCACAGCGCUAGCGAACCUCAAGAAGGGCACCUACGAGUGUCGAUCCUGCCGAAACCGCACGGCGAUCUCGCAGAUCCACAUCCCUUAUGCAGCCAAGUUGCUUAUGCAAGAGCUCAUGAGCGUCAAUGUGGCACUGCGUCUGUAUUGA